GCUUGAUUGUGUAAAGCAGAAUGCCAUCUAGCGAUUUCAUUAUUCACUUGAAUGAGCUACUUGGGCAAGCUACGGUUCCUGUCGGGUCAACACGAGUCUUUCCUCCGACUCAGUUCAUUUAAUUUCUUAUUAAGGGCGAAUCAAAUAAUCCACCACGGGAAACAUGAAAGUACCACCGAAUCAAGCUGAGGAACAAAUUGUCAACAAUUCUGUUGAUGGCAAUAAUGCAGAUUCUGAUGAUGGAUUGAAUGAUGUCCCCCCUCAUUCACCAAGUCGGGAAGGAGAUUUUUCAGAAUAUAUGUGGAUGGAAAAUGAAGAAGAAUUUGAAGAACAAAUAAUGCAGCAAUUAGAGGAAGAAGCACUUGUACAACAAUGUAUUGAUGAUGUUUGUGCUGAAAUGGAUGCUUACAUUGCUUCUAUUGGCAAUGAAACUACCAAUCAAAAUGGAAAUGCUACACACAAUGGUUCAGCAGAAGAUGCUCUCACUCAAGAGCUCCAAAAUCUUGCUGUUGAUGAUAAUGCUGCACAGUCAAGCAAACUUAACCCUGAUGCAGCAGAAUUUGUUCCACGAUUCGGGUCUUCAGUUCCAUCUGUUGUGAGCAAGGAAGAUAAACUAUAAGUCAUUUUGUGAUUGCAUAUUACAGGUUUUCCUUGCAAGAACUUGGCUACUGGCUUAUAGCAACUGUGCAUAAUGGAAUCUCAACAGUGUAUUUUGAUGCAAGGUGUAUGGCUUAAUUAUUCUAAGUUGUAUGAGGUGACCAGCUUAUGUUGUUAGCAAUGUGAAUAUCAUAGCUUUUUUGAAUUUUGGUGCCUUGAUUUUUGUUUUUGAUCUUAUCUGCUUUUCUCACAAUUUCCAGGGUUGGGGUUGAUGUUAUGAUUAUAUUGGGCAUUUUUCCCCAUCUUUAGGUAUCUCUGUAUCCCUUAUUUCUAGGUUGUUGUGUACCUUAACUCUUUUAUUGGAGCCAUUUCGACUUACUCUUGAAGGAACUACUCUUUGACAUUCGUUUCCUAUUGUAUCGAAUUGAACUUUUCCGCGUGUAAAUAAAUUGUAAAUUAAAACCAUA